GGUCAGAACUUGGAGGCCGAAGAGCGUGUGCAACCAGGUUACCGAGCCGUCCAUCAUCCCGACCAGACUGUGACUCGGCUGCAAACCAGAACAUGAACUAAAAGACCUGCCAUGGGGAAGAAAGUACCAGUUGAGGAUCUUGUGAUCCCGCCGCAGGACACGCGCAUCUGCGGCACCAUCUGCAUCUGCCAAAUGACGGCGGUGCUGAGCAGCGUGGCCCUCGUCUACCUGACGGUGGCCGUCUACAUGCCCUCCUACCGAGCAUUCAAGUCUGGCAUCAGCGACACGCCUGUCAUGUGCACCACCACCCGAUCGCAGCAGCAGGAAAUGUGCUCGUGGGGCACGUGCGGCGAGUGGUGCCUGAGCAAGAGUUCCGGCGCCUGCACGCAGGUCCACGUCAACCUGAGGCGCAACGGCUCCGACCUCGUCUUCUACAACUGCAGCAACGCGGCCAACAAAACUUGCUACGGCAUAGACCAGGAGAACGCCAAGAAGAGCAGGUGCAUCGCGGACGACUGCAAGAACCUGACCGGCACCUUCAACUGCACCAUGGGCACGUGCAUCAACAUCACAGACGCCUUCGAGUGCGUUUUCGCCGAAACCGAGACGCCGCUCAAAUGCUCCGGCCGCAGGGGCAAGAUUACGUGCAUUGAGAUGGACGGACUGCACGACUGCAACAGGGGCACCUGCGGCAAAAUCAAAACGCCCUACAACUGCGACAGGCGCUGCGUCGAUAUUCCCACCAGGAACAAAAACACCAUCUUGCUAUCAGGGGACAAGGUUUACCUCUCUCAGUGCCUGAAAGCGGUGGCCAUAGAGGACGAGGGCGAGGAAGAGAUAUACUCGUGGGAAAAAGAUGACGGCGGUGAGGACUCGUACGUGCUGAUGGCCUCCUGUUACACCAUCGCCAACACGACCAGGGGCAUCGAGGCCGGCGACUGCAUCAACGGCAGUCUGGUGCCGAAAAGCGUCAUGACCGACCUGACCAACUUCACGUACCUCUUGGGUCUGAGCGCUCAGGGCGCCGUUGAGAAGGCCCUGGACCCAACGGGACGCGUGGCCCCAAUUGAGACGGACCUGAUCAUCGCCAACGAGAGCCGCCUGAUGAUCAACCAGGAGGGCUGCGUCAACUCGCUGCAGGACGAGUGCGCCACCUUCCUCAGGGACUUCGGCAAGGACGGCACCGACCACAACGCCAGGGCCCGCUUCCCCUGUUUCUAUGCCGACCACGACCCGACGGUGGCCAUCACCAGGUUUGACCUCGAGCAGACGCACAAGGAGUUCAUGUUCGCAGCCGUCGUGCCCAGUUGCCUGUUUGUCGUUUCCUGCACCAUCCUGGUCACCUGCCAGAAGAGCGUCGUGGUCGGCGACGAUGCCAAGAUGCGCUUCAAGGGAUGUGGAAAGGCGAAAAAGUCCAAGUCGGGCCUUAGUGCUGACCAGGCACCAGACCUACCGCAAGACCCUGAGGCCGCAGGAGUGGGAGCAGCUGAGAAGAACGAAACCGAAGAAGAGGAGGAAGGAGCGGUUGGCGGGGCGGCCAUAGCACUCUGAGAUCCGUCCCGCAUUCCUCUCCUGUCAGCAGAGUCGCCGACGAAUUACGACCCACCUCCGUCACUGCUGGCGCUGACCCACCUGGACGGCCAGCAGCCACGCCGCUGCUGAGAGACGGGUCAAAAAAUUUAUUAAAAAAAAUUAAAAACAUCCUACGGCGACUUCACUGAGAGAACACAAGUGCGCCCAACUAGCUGCACUCUACUAUUCAUUCACAAGGGAGGGGAACUGCGUUACAUAUAAAAAAAAACUCACACACACACACACAUUACUUUGAUCUCAACGAAAACAAGUUAAACCGGCGCACCAGCACUCAGCACGCCCUUAGAGUACUACUAACAAGAAGAAGGAACAGUUGCAUUAUAAAAAAGUUUUUGAACUAUUUAGAAAAAAAAAUUUAGGCCAGUUCGAGGCCCUUGGCAAUAGACUCACACUUAUAUUCCGAUUCAGCUUUGAUUAGUGCGAGAGGUGAUAUAGCAGUGCUUUCAGCAAUAAUGCUUAGCCAAGUGUAGCGAGCACUGCUGUUCGGU